UGCCUGAAAUACAAGCCCACGGCUUUGAUGGCUGCUUCGUCCUGCAGCACCCCGGUUUUGCUUUUCGGGUCUGUUUGACGUGCGAGUUGUAGCCGUCAGCCCUCAAAAGAACAUGCUGGACUCCCCCGCAGUUAUUUAAGGAGCUGGCUAAUUGUGGAGCAGCGAAGGCCAUGAAGCAUCAUCUUGCUCCUGCCAGUAAGGCAAGAAAAUCAGCUGGAGAGGGAGCAGCAAGAUCCAAGAGUAAAUUACAAAAGCCCUCAGAAACUGUCAGCAAAAGAAAAGGAACAGAUGGAGGAAAAAGGAAACAGACACAAGAGGGAGAGGUCAAACAGACAGCCAAGAAGAGAGGAAAGCAAUACAGGGAGCAAUCCCCUGAAGCAGAAAUGGGAUCUGGGAGAACAAAAAGGGUGAAAAUGGCUGCUAGCAAAACAGCAGAAUGGCAGCCUCUUUCAGAAAGCAGCAGGGAGAUCUUGAACACGAUGAUGGACUCAGUAAUACUAUCUAUUCUGAGUCAGGAACUAACAGAAAAAGAAGAUAUUCAAAAGCAUCUCAACCUCUUGAAGGAAAGGCUACAGAGACAUUUCAAGAACCUAAAGGUGCCUUCAGGGAAGCUGGGCAACUUGAAAAAUGUAGUGAACCUCAAGGUGCUAGAAAAACAGAAGCUCACAUCCAAUGAAAAGUCUGUGGCCUUACUGCAGGAAGAAAUUGAGAAAGCUGUGCAAGCAGCAGAGCACACAGAUGAGAAUAUUCGGAGUCUGCAGGACAAAAUUCGGAUGCUCCGGAGCGAGUUAGAGGAAGAGGAAAACAAGGCUGAAUCGGUUUUCCAGAGAAGUGGCAGAGGGGUGCUCAACCUCCCAGAGCUACCAACAAACAGUCUGGAGGCACCUGUUCUGCAGGAGGAGAUUUUGAAGAUCCCAAACCAGACAGGAGUUUUGAAGAACUUGAAUACCGUCCAGCACUCAGCUGAGAUGAGGAACAUGUUGAGUCUCCUUAAACAGGCCUAUGAGAAAGUGGACUCCCUUUGAGGAACUCAUACACUGAAUUCUGCCUUUAAGACAACUUUAUCUUGUGCUAACAAAUGCUGGUCCUGUAACAAUGUUUUUGCUCCUAAAGACUUAACUUGUGUGAUAACUAGGUGUCUUAGUCAAACUUUUAUCAGAUAAAUGUCGGAAAAAUAUGUUGACGGGUGCUCAGUGGAACGCCACUGAUAUGCUGCAUUCCCAUUGGAAUAAGAUAAGCAGAACUAAUCUGUCCGUGUAGACAUUUACAGUGUAUAUGUUACCUUUAUUAAUACAACACAGUUAAAAUUCACAUUUACCUUUUUGGAAAGCCUUUUUUUUUCUUUAGAGAACCAUCUUGAGAACUGACAGACAAACAGCGGAUUUCACUAGCUCUUAAUAGUCUUUGUUUUGUAAUAUUUUUUUUUUUGUGGGCAAGGACUUCUGUCUCAUUGUAUCAGAACUCUCCUGUCAGGGUUGUAAAUUCACCAUCUCAUAUGAACCCAACGUUCACUUCAAACAGGAUUUAAUGCUCCCCUUUUAAGGUGAACCAUGUAAUUGAUAUUUUUUUUAACGAGUAGUUGCUAAUCCACAAUAAAUGUCCUUUUUUCAAACAAAA